UCGGUCCCGGGCAGCCGCUCAGCCCCCUGCCCCCGCCGCCUGCUGGGCCGGGCCGAGGAUGCAGCGCAGCGCCUCGGUGGCCAGGCUCGCUCCGCUCCAGCGUGCUUGCUAACUUCCCCAGCUCCGUCUCUGCCUGCCGGGACCGGCCCGUGUCCCUGCGCCCUCCGGGUCCGGUCAUCUAAGCGCACUGGGCACUGUCUCCGGGUCCCUUGCAGUCCUCUCGCGAGCCCGCGCUCCCCUUCUGUGCCCCAUCUUCGUCCUCACCAUGCUGCCCUUCGGCCUCGUGGCCGUCCUGCUGCUGGCCGCAGGGCCUCGGCCGAGCCUGGGCGACGAAGCCAUCCACUGUCCCCCCUGCUCCGAGGAGAAGCUGGCGCGCUGCCGCCCCCCUGUGGGUUGCGAGGAGCUGGUGCGGGAGCCUGGCUGCGGUUGUUGCGCCACUUGUGCCCUGGGCUUGGGGAUGCCCUGCGGGGUGUACACCCCACGCUGUGGUUCAGGCAUGCGCUGCUACCCUCCCCGGGGAGUGGAGAAGCCCCUGCGCACACUGAUGCACGGGCAGGGCGUGUGCACGGAGCUGUCGGAGAUCGAGGCCAUCCAGGAAAGCCUGCAGUCCUCUGACAAGGAUGAGAGCGACCAUCCCAACAACAGCUUCAACCCCUGCAGUGCCCAUGAUCAUAGGUGCCUGCAGAAGCAUAUGGCCAAGAUGCGAGAUCGGAGCAAGAUGAAGGUCGUGGGGACACCACGGGAGGAACCCCGUCCUGUGCCCCAGGGUUCCUGCCAGAGUGAGCUGCACCGGGCCCUGGAGCGGCUGGCUGCCUCUCAGAGCCGUACCCACGAGGACCUCUUCAUCAUCCCCAUUCCUAACUGUGACCGCAACGGCAACUUCCACCCCAAACAGUGUCACCCCGCCCUGGAUGGACAACGUGGCAAGUGCUGGUGUGUGGAUCGGAAGACAGGGGUGAAGCUUCCAGGGGGCUUGGAACCCAAGGGAGAGCUGGACUGCCACCAACUGGCUGACAGCUUCCAAGAGUGAGGCCUGCCAGCAGGUGGGGUCCUCAGCGCUCCCUACUAGGCCCCUGUCCUCCAGGGGGCUGUAGAGUUGACCUGACAUGGAGCUGGAUCUGAGUCCUGGCUCUCUGCCUCUGGCCCUGCCCAAAGUUUCCCUUGAUGUGUGUGUGUGUGUGUGUGUGUGUGUGUGUGUGUGUGUGUGUGUGUGUGUGUGUUUAUGGGCACAAGUGUGGCCCGCCCAUGGGGUAAGCCUGAACCUAGAGUACCCACUAUGGGCUUAGAUAGCCCAAGAGGUUUGAGUGUAGCAACAGGAAGCCCCAGUAUGUUUUCAAAUCAAUCUUGAAUUCAUUCAUUCAUUCAUUCAGCCAUCUGAAAAUGUGUAUGGACAACAUACUACAUGCCAGCUUUAGUUUUCAGCCCUGGGAGGCCUCAUUCUAAUUUCCUCUGAUUGUGGCAUGCGAGGUAUUCCUAUAAGGUCACCAGAGGCCUGUAGAAGAGAAACCUCAUUCUUGGAGUCAGAGAGAAAGAAAGUUGUGACCAUUGACUGCUCUCUGUCUCCUCAUCUUAGUCAGUGUGGGAUGGUGUGGAGUUGGGGACCCCUGUUCUCAUUCCUCAGACCUUCCAGGGGCAGAGAUUGGGGAACAGGGCCCAGCUUUGGGUCUGGGUCACCUUGCAGAGGGAGCUUUGUGUGGAAGAGGAAUGGGGUCAGAGGAAGGCCUGAAGGACAGGGGGCAGGGAGUCAGGUGAGAAGAAAGGAUGCAGGAUUGAGUUGUGUGUGUCUGAUGGAGAGGAGGACUCGAGUUCUGUCCUGGGUUCUAAUUGUGGUUGCUGGUCAUGACCGCUCCAGGAUGACCCUAUUUUUCCAUCUGCCCACUGCCUGUGGCCCUGCCUCCCUCCCCCUAUUCCCCCUCCCUCACUAUCUCCUGUCCUACCCACUACCCUCCUGGGCAUUUUCUGGCUUGCCUGGAUAGAUUUAGAGACCUGCUUGUUGGCUGUGAUGUCUUUUCAUUCAUUUUUUUUCUUUUUUAAAAAAAACAAAACAGAACAAAACCAAAAAGUGUCCAGA